ACCUGCAGUUGAGACUAAGCAAUACGCUUCAAGGACUCUUCAUGAUGAGCUAUGCUGACAAGCCAGAGGAUAUAACUCGAGAAGAGUGGAUGGACAAGCUCAACAACGUCCACAUACAGCGAGCUGACAUGAACAGACUCAUCAUGAAUUACCUGGUGACAGAGGGUUUUAAAGAGGCAGCAGAGAAGUUCCGGAUGGAGUCUGGGAUUGAGCCCAGUGUGGAUCUGGACUCUCUGGAUGAGAGGAUAAAGAUACGAGAGAUGCUUCUAAAGGGGCAGGUACAGGAGGCCAUUGCUCUGAUAAACAGCCUGCAUCCAGAACUACUGGACACAAACCGCUACCUUUACUUUCAUCUGCAGCAGCAGCAUCUUAUCGAACUGAUCCGUCUUCGGGAGACGGAAGCGGCGCUGGAGUUUGCUCAGACCCAGCUGGCGGAGCAGGGUGAGGAAAGCAGAGAGUGUUUGACCGAAAUGGAGCGCACGCUUGCUCUGCUUGCCUUUGACAACCCAGAGGAGUCGCCAUUUGGAGACCUGCUCAACAUGAUGCAGAGACAGAAGGUAUGGAGUGAGGUCAACCAGGCAGUACUGGACUAUGAAAACAGAGAGUCGACCCCCAAACUUGCCAAGCUGCUUAAACUGCUCCUUUGGGCUCAGAAUGAACUGGACCAGAAGAAAGUCAAGUACCCCAAAAUGACAGAUCUCAGCAAAGGCACCAUUGAGGACCCAAAGUAAAGAAACAAGAAAAAACAGUUGUGAAACAAUGCUGUGGGGAAGAAAAAGGACUCUUUGGCUUUCCCCUCACUAUUUAUAUUCAGUCAGUGACUGAUCCAUGAUUAUGUUUUCUGUUUAUUUGUUUGUUGGUUUGUUGGAUUUCAGAGACUUUAUUGAAUUUAAAAGGCUAUGUUCACUGGAGUCAUUUUAAGUUGAAGAAAAAAUGACUUGUUGAAUUUGAAUGGCCAAUAAUGUACUUUUUUUUUUAAUUCUGAAAAGUACUACAUUGUUUUCUACCUUCUGCAUUUGACUUAAUAAUUUGAAUUCUUUGUGUACGUUCUGGUCUCUAUUCACCAGGGUGUGUGAACAAUACAAUGAGUUCAAUUUUCUUAAUAAGCUCUCAAAGAAUCUUAUAAAACUCCCUUUUUGUCCAUGGACUGGUUGACUCCAGGGGUUAAAGAAACUGCAGCUAACAAUGACUGGAUUGAUUUUAUGGAAGUGGAGUCCAUUUAGUUCAAUAUGCUUGGCUUUUACAAGUAAUCCACAAACUCUAAACUUUAUUUGCAGUGCAAAGGAUUGCACAGCCAGUCAUUUUAGAAGAGUGUUAGGAUGAGAACACCUUUCCUGUGAAAAUGUAUAAAGAUGUGAUUGCAUUGCAUUAUAAGUUUUAUUUUUUUUCUUCUUGCAUUUCUUAACAAUAAUACUACAAGCAACAAUAAUGUGAACUGUUGAAUAUCCAUAGUUUUUGUGGUGUUCAGUUUUGAAAUCUUCCGUUUUACAGGUAUGAUAUUAAAGAAUUUUUGGAA